AUGGAGGAGCAGUUAAGACAGCUGACGGCAGCCUUUUUUGCAUUUAAAGAAGAGAUGAAAGAUUAUGUUAAAGAGGAGAUGAGUGCUAGCCAAAUAUCUGUUAAAGCAGAAAUGAAUGUGGUUCAUGGAAAGGUGGAAGCUGGUUCAGAAGAGAUGGAAAAAUCCGUUAAAGGAAAGAUUAAAGCAGGAGAAAAACCUCAUGUGUGUGAAAUAUGUAAAAUGUCGUUUAGACAAAAGGCUCAUUUAAAUGAACAUAUGGUUGUUCACACAGGAGAGAAACUUCAUGUUUGUGAGAUAUGUAAUAAAUCAUAUACACAAAAGAAUACUUUAAACAAACAUGUACUUACUCAUGCAGAAGAAAAAUGUCAUGUAUGUGAGGUGUGUGACAUGCCAUUUAGACGAAAGGAUUAUUUGGACAAGCAUAUGUUAAUUCACACAGGAGAAAAACCUCAUGUGUGUCAGGUGUGCAACAAGUCAUAUAGAGAAAGGAGUUGUUUAAAGAAGCAUAUGCAUAUUCAUACAGAUGAGAAACCUUAUCUGUGUGAGUUAGAACUGGAAGGAAAGCUUGCUGUAAUCCAAUGGGCAGUAGAAGCCGGAUUGCUGCCAAAGGCUUUCCCUUGUCCCAAAUGUGGGAAAGAAAUGGAACUUGCCCGACAUUCAGAUGGGUUUAACUGGAUUUAUCGGAAAACUGGAGAAUGUUCCCAUCACAUCAAGCGAUCUCUGUGA